GGGUCCAGCAGGAGGCGACAUGGCUGCCAAAGUGUUUGAGUCCAUCGGCAAGUUCGGCCUGGCCUUAGCCGUGGCAGGAGGAGUGGUGAACUCUGCCUUGUAUAAUGUGGACGCUGGGCACAGAGCUGUCAUCUUUGACCGGUUCCGUGGAGUGCAGGACAUUGUGGUGGGAGAAGGGACUCACUUCCUCAUCCCUUGGGUACAGAAACCUAUCAUCUUUGAUUGCCGCUCUCGACCGCGUAAUGUACCAGUUAUCACUGGUAGCAAAGAUUUACAGAAUGUCAACAUCACCCUGCGCAUCCUUUUCCGGCCAGUUGCCAGCCAGCUUCCCCGCAUCUUCACCAGCAUCGGGGAGGACUACGAUGAACGGGUGCUACCGUCCAUCACGACGGAGAUCCUCAAGUCCGUGGUGGCUCGCUUCGAUGCCGGGGAACUGAUCACCCAGAGAGAGUUGGUCUCCAGGCAGGUGAGCGAUGACCUCACAGAGCGAGCAGCAACCUUUGGGCUCAUCCUGGAUGACGUGUCCUUGACGCAUCUGACCUUCGGGAAGGAGUUCACAGAAGCAGUAGAGGCCAAACAGGUGGCCCAGCAGGAAGCGGAGAGGGCCAGAUUUGUGGUGGAGAAGGCUGAGCAGCAGAAGAAGGCGGCCAUCAUCUCUGCCGAGGGCGACUCCAAGGCAGCCGAGCUGAUCGCCAACUCGCUCGCCACCGCGGGCGACGGCCUCAUCGAGCUGCGCAAGCUGGAGGCCGCGGAGGACAUCGCCUACCAGCUCUCGCGCUCCCGGAACAUCACCUACCUGCCGGCCGGGCAGUCCGUGCUCGCAGCUGCCCCAGUGAGGCCUGCCCGGCCCGCGCCUCCUCGGGCCGCCUGGGCCACAGCCCCGAGGAUUCUCAACACCGCCGUCCUUCUGCCCCUGCCCCAGAAAUCACUGUGAAAUUUCAUGAUUGGCUUAAAGUGAAGGAAAUAAAGUGGAAUCACUUCAGAUCUCUAA